GUGAAUUUGCAGUGCCAGAGGAGCCGGACAGGAGACGCGUCGUACUACCAUGUGCGCCAGAAGAAAAGUACUGCUUACUCUUGUAUAGUUUUCCUCUUAAGAAGGGCUAACUUCUGCUGAUCUCCGAGGAGUCUCUGAGGAAUGUCUUCAUUGGCGAACUGGAUCGCGAUCCAGUGGAGCUGUGACUAAAGAGUUGGGGGAAUGACAACACCGAGAGAUCCUUUCAGUUUUAGUGGGAGGAGAUGAAGGUCACUUCUUUACCUGAACAUUGGAGUAAAUGUUGAUCAAAAGCCAGGUGGUGCGCCCUCGGGGCAGAAGAGACGGAGGUCCGGGGAUCAACAUGUCACGAUGGAGCUUCCUGCCUGUCAGCCUGCCUGCCUUCACCAUUACAGGAAUCUGGCUAGUAUAUGCAAUGGCCUUGAGCAAUAAGCACGUCUGCCCUGUGGAUAACUGGGUGUACAAUCAAUCUUGUGAGCAACCUCUUGUUAUGCAGAUGGGAUCUGACCUGUGUUGCAUCCCUGACAACAUACCUUUUAUAAGCAAAUGUGGCACCCUGCCGCCUGAGAGCUGUGUCUUCAGUUUGAUCAGCAGCACCGGCUCUUUUAUGGUGAUGGUUAUCGGGUUCCUGCGUUAUGCCCAUGUGAUCGAGAGACAUCAGAACUGCAUCCUUAAUGUGGUUGGAUUGUCUGCUGGUUGGAUCUGUGCAGCUGGUCUUCUUAUUGUUGGAAAUUUCCAGGUGGACAGUUCUAAGGUGCUACACUACAUUGGAGCUGGAGUGGCCUUUCCUACAAGCAUGUUGUUUGCGUGCCUGCAAUCAGUGCUGACGUAUCGCCUGGCAAAUACACAGCGUGAAUAUCACAUUGCUCAUUUGCGAAGUAGUCUUACGGUGCUAGCCUUCAUCACACUGGUUCUCAGUGGCGCCUUUUUUGUUCAAGAGAGCUUUGUACUGCAGCAUGCAUCAGCAAUUUGUGAAUGGGCCUUUACAGUUGUCAUCCUUGUUUUCUUUGGGACAUUUGCUUAUGAGUUUUCAGCAGUGUCAAAUGGCACGCUGCUAGUAUUGUUUCAACGAGUCAGUGGAGAAAGGCACUACAAAUCUGAGGCAGGAGUGUCUCCCAACUCAAACUCAGGGCAGCCAGAAAGUAUAUCCAUGCUGUAGACAAAAGUGAUUGCAUCUUUUGAAAGUUUGAAAUAUGGGCAUCAUAUAAUAAAUAAAGUGUUUUCAUUUCGCCUGAUACCAAAUUAAUCUACAUAUAAGCUGGACUUCUAUGUCACCUUGCGAUAAUUGACAUAAUCAAAAGCGUUCUGUAUACAGCAUGCAGAGGUGUAUGUGACUUACUGUGCCACCUUCGUAUCCAUGUUUUUUUUCUAAAAUCCUCUUUGUCAUCAUCACAUUGGAAUGUUGAAGUCCAUCACAAAUGGAAUUGAUUGCAUGAAAGGAUUAUACCACCUUUGGAAUAAACAUGCAGUGAGGCCAUGAAACUUUGCUGGACAAAUUACCAGCAUUUUCUUUGCCUUCAAGAAGCUUGUAUUAAGCACUGGGAUUAAGCGCCUUGAAUUUAUUACCAGAAUGUUCUGAUGUUCUAACAGUGUAAAAAAACACAACCUUGAUGUCUUAAAAAUACUAUGUUUUUUCAAAAGAAAAAUAUUGAUCUUUCUGGAUGUAAUCUGGAUCUCAUUCUUGGAACCUGGAAAAUCAGUUUUACUAAUCUAUGUGCAGACCAUGGGUAACUGCUCAGGGUGACUUCCAGUUAGACCAAAGAUUUGAAAAUUGCCUUUGAGGACCAGUAAAUCUGUUCUGAUGGCUGGUGCUAACAAAUGUGCCUUUUUCUUAAGCAAAGCUGACUUUGAAUCGUAUCUCUCAAGCACCAUCUUCCCGAACGUCACUAAACUCUCCAAAGACUUUUCUUUUUCUCUUUUCUUGUGCAAUAUUGAAUAAGGGACCAGACUGUUUCUUCUUUUACUUCCAAGUCAACAUUUCUAGUCAUGUUAAUGGUAAUAUUAAAAUUGGUUUAUUUUAUCCUUUUAGAAAGCCAGCAUUGGUCACUGUUUGACUUUGACCACAAGCUCUAUGCAGCUAUGUUAUUUGGUGAAUUCAGUGGUCAUGAAAUCAAGAAGUGUCAUGUUUUAGUGACUACCUUCUUUAGAACAGCAUCAUUUGGACUUUAAUGCAGAUUCAUGUAACUUCGUGAGAAGACAUAUUUUUAAUAGUCCUAUGGAUUAAGUUGUAAAAAUGCAGAUUUUGUGUGUUAUAUGAGAAUAUAUAAAUAUAUAUGUUUAUAUAUGUGUAAGAUCUGUGUAUUGAAGUGCAAGUACAAAGUUUUAAAAAGUUGUAAACAAUAUACUUUUAAAUUCUGUAUGUGUAAAUUAGUGCUGUACAGUAUUUUUAUCAGGUAAGGUGAAAGACAUCCUCACCUUUUUGUUUUACUAACAGGAAAUUAUUCCUAGCUUAGAGGUAUUCAUGUGAGCUUCUGUCAGAUGCUUAACCACACUGGUUGAUUUUAGUAAUUAAAGCUGUACUGUAUUUGACUGAGAAAUAUCAACAAAGAGAACUUUUAUCAGCUAUGCUUUGUAUACACACCAUACUUUAAUAUGAAAUAAAAGACAAUGCUGC